AUGCACCACCCAUCUACACCCGUUAAGAGAUCGAGUAUCUCAAAAAUCACCGGAAAUCGAGAGGAUGGCAUAAUCAAAGGACCAUCUGACAAGUGUCAGAGACGUAUUAGCGCACCGAUCGAUCCGAUCUCUGAGAACAGAGUUGCUCCCUCGGAAAUCUUUGGAGCGCCAAAGAUAUCAAGAGUCCGUGAAUCCGUGCCCCACACCCCAUCCACCACCGUCGCCGCCGCUGCCAUCAACGAGGAGGGAUCUUCACAGACACCCCGUCGCAGGUCUACUCAGUUGGUGAUGCCUCGGAAGACACCAACCAAGACAAACAGACGGCACAGCGAGGAGAGCUUCGGAGCUUCGGCUCCAUUCCGUCCUCAACGAGUUGAGACUCGAGAGUUGUCUCGCGAUUCGGAAAAUUUUAAUGCUCCUAUUUUUUUGAUUUCUAAUUAA